AUGUCUAGUUCACGAAGAAACCUACAUAGAGAGGAUAUUGUCGUAACGCCGAGAAACUUUGAACAGUCGCCUAUUGUGAAUCUAUCCAAAACCGGGAAUGUUCCUUCUCCGGAUCAACAAAGUUUAGACAAAUGCAUCAAUGGGACGGCAACUUCAAGUCGUGCGCUCAAUUUACUAGCGUACGACUUGUCCAAUCUGGAACCUAAGAAAGAAAAAUGGGAAGCUUCUCGACCACACACUCUUUCCCAGAGCACUAGAAAGAAGCGCGAAGAAGCCCUGUAUCCUGCGUUGGCAAAAGGUCAAAGUACACCAGACUUUGACACCGACACCCUAUUGUCCAGGGCGCGCAUUCAAAGAUCUGGUGAAAACGCUACCACUCUUCUCGCCCGAAUUCAAGGAACUUCUAUGCAGUCAAUAAACGGGAAUUUAAUGCUUGAAGAAAGAAAUUCCGCACACAACAGCCCGUAUAUAACCAGUGGACUGUAUGAUUCCAGAUACCAUACACGUUUCCGCUUCGAAAAUAAUUCACAUCCCAGCUCGAACGCCUUGAACUCGGGACAAAUGACUAACUGCAAGCUUCCAGUUUCUGGACAAAGUGGAAAUCAUCAGCUUCCUCUACUACCACAAAUUGAGAUAUGUCCUGGCAUGUUCAUUCCUCUACGUGGAUCAGAGGAGACUUGGCGAGCGUUGAAAAAUGGAAAGACAGAGUCUGUAGACUGCUUUUGUUGCCAGGUAAAGCUUUUGUGCGUAGUGGACGCGAAGUACGUGCUUUGUCCUGAAUGUCGUGUUGUUAGCCCUGCUGCCGCCGAGAAGAAGCAACCACCGGGAAUUCUCCUACACGGCGUUGGUUUGGGAGUUGUUGUGGAUGCUUUCAACACAAAGUUAUAG